AUGUCCAUCACCAAAGUACACGCUCGUCAGAUCUUUGACUCGCGAGGCAAUCCGACCGUCGAAGUCGACUUGUACACCGCAAAAGGUCGUUUCCGAGCAGCCGUCCCGUCUGGUGCAUCCACUGGCGUUCACGAGGCCGUCGAACUCCGUGACGGUGACAAGAAGUCGUAUGUUGGAAAAGGCAUCUACAUCCAAAUCACCUGCCUCGCGCUAUCAUGCAUACACGGCUCUCCUUUUCCGAUCGGUGUUCAACGCCGUCAAAACGUCAACGAGACCAUUGCACCCGCCCUCAUCGACUCUGGUCUCUCCGUCACUCAACAAAAGGACAUUGACGCCCUCCUCAUCAAACUCGACGGAACGCCCAACAAGGGUGUCUCCAUCGCCGUCGCCGAAGCUGGUGCCGCCGAAUCUGGCUUGCCUCUCUAUGCCUAUUUGGCCAAACUCGCUGGACACCCAGAAGGUGGCAAGAUGACGAUGCCGUGCCCUGCGUUCAACGUCAUCAACGGUGGCUCGCACGCUGCGACCAGCUUCACCGAGGCGAUGAAGAUUUACCGAGACGUAUCAUACGCUCAAAAGGUCAUUCAGGCCAAGUAUGGGCUUGAUGCGACCAACGUCGGUGACGAGGUGGAUUCGCACCCAAUGUCGCUGGCUGGAUACGAGGGCAAGAUCAAGAUUGGACUCGACGUUGCGUCUUCCGAGUUUUACAAGGACGGCAAGUACGACUUGGAUUUCAAGAAUGCCAACUCGGAUCCGACAAAGUGGAUCACCAAAAGAGUUGGGCGACUUUACAACAAGAUGAUUGAGAAGCCUGGUUUUGCUCGUACCAAUGGCACCAAAGUCCAGGUUGUCGGUGAUGAUUUGACAGUCACCAACCCCGAACGUAUCCAGACGGCGAUUGGCAAAAGGCGCAAUGGCUUGCUGCUCAAGAUUAACCAGAUUGGUACGAUUAGCGAGAGUAUCAAGCCGCCCAGCUUGCGCAGUCGGACGGAUGGGGUGUCAUGGUCUCAACCGCUCAGUGAGACUGAGAACACGGUCAUUGCCGAUCUCGUUGCUCGCUCUUUAGCCAUUGACCAAGACAGGUGCACCUGUGCCAGCGAGCGUAGACGUCGUCGAGAAGUCAUUACUGGGACGAUUCUCCGUCACCCUAAUAUCCUCCCCGUUUAUGGUAUUGCCGAAGGCAAAGAGUUUGGUCCCUUUGGUGGAAUCGUUACUCCAUGGUGUCCAAAUGGUAGCGCUGUGCAAUAUCUGUACACCCACGACACUUUGCCGGCUGAGAGGUACCGCCUGUGGAAGGGAGUUGUGGAUGGGCUUGCAUAUCUGCAUGCGCACGUACCGCAGAUCGUCCACGGAGAUAUGAAACCUCCUAAUAUUCUCAUCGCUGACGAUGGACGACCUAUGAUCUGCGACCUCGGACUUGCACGAGUCGAGGAAUAUCGGCGACCGUCUUCAUUCAAUGGCGUCCUUAGCAAUGGAUGCUGGGAAUGGAUGGUUGGGAUCAAUACUACGAGCGCACAUACGGGUACACCGCGUUAUCUCGCACCAGAACAGGUCGACCCGGACAAUCCGUCGAGACCAACCAUGGCUACGGAUGUGUACGCAGUAGGGUGUAUUGGGUACGAGCUUAUCUACUCGGCGGUACCCUAUGCGCACCGUAAACACAAUCUGCAAUGGCAAAUCUUUCACGACAUUCACAACGGUGUUCCACCCGCACGUAGACCUGAUAUUGCAACUCCGUCCUCUACCAAUCCCACCGUGGCGUCGUCCGAGGUCUGUGGGAUCACGAUCCUCUGGGAUGUGCUGGAGUUGUGCUGGAGUCGCGAUCCUUGUCGUCGACCGAGUGCAUCGGACUUGUGCGAGUGGUUGGCGCAGGACGAGGACGUGAUUAUCGAUGCACUCGAGCGCCGAGCAUAA